UUUAUGUGUGUACACAUUCGUUUAUAUACAAAAUUCGUAAUCGUAUUCGACGUAAUUGGACGUUUUGAAAAAAUUUUAAGCAAUACAUCUUGUUGUUAAUUUAAUAAAUACAAAAAAAAACAAUGAGUAAAGCACAUCCACCAGAAUUAAAAAAAUACAUGGAUAAGAAAUUAUCACUUAAGUUGAACGGUGGGAGACACGUGAUUGGGAUACUUCGCGGUUUUGAUCCAUUUAUGAAUAUGGUGAUAGAUGAAAGUAUAGAAGAAUGCAAGGAUGGGUCUAAAAAUAAUAUUGGCAUGGUGGUGAUUCGAGGAAACAGUGUCAUUAUGCUCGAAGCCCUAGAUCGAAUAUAAAAUUUAAUUUAAGAUGCGAACACUUGUACCAAAAGAUUUGAAGAACUGUAUAAAUUCAAUUACCCGUUUCUUAUAUCAAUAAUUUUGUACAUCAAUUGAGGAAGGAAAUUAAAAUGUUUAAUUACUGGA